GUAAGUCCCAUCUCCAUCUCUCUCCUUCUCUCUCUCUCUCUCUCUCUUUCUGCGAGCGAGAAUUCCUUCUCUCUUCCAUAGCCGAACGAAGUAUGAACGCGAGGUAACCGUCGUCAUCAACAACCAUCACCCCCGCAUGGCCUUCCACAACCACCUCUCCCACCAGGACCUCUCCUCCCUCCACCACUUCUCCUCCGACCAGCCGCCGCCGCAGCCGCAGCAGCAGCAGCAGCACCUGCCGGACUCGUCCGCCGCCGCCUCCUCCGUCCACCACCAGCUCCACGCCGCCGCCCCCAGCUGGCUCAACACCGCCCUCCUCCGCUCCGACGCCGCGGCCGCGGCCGCGGCUGCGGCGGCGGCGGCGGCGGGGGGAGGCGGCAGCAGCUUCCUCAACCUCCACACCUCCUCCGACUCCGCCGCGUCGCCGCAGGCGCCGUCCACGUCCUCGGCCUCCGCGGCGGCGGCGGGGCACCACCAGUGGCUGUCGCGGCAGCACUCGUCGCUCCUGCAGCGGAACCACAGCGAGGUCAUCGACGCGGACUCGAUCAUCGACUCGGCGGAUUUGAAGGAGAGCGUGAGCAAGGGGGGCGGCGGUGACGGCGGGGGCGGCGCUGGGGCGGAGAGCAAUUGGGAGUACGCGAAGUACAAGGCGGAGAUAUUGUCGCACCCGUUGUACGAGCAGCUGCUGUCCGCUCACGUGGCUUGCCUGAGGAUUGCCACGCCGGUCGACCAGUUGCCGAGGAUCGACGCUCAGCUGGCUCAGUCGCAGCAUGUGGUGGCUAAGUACUCGGCGAUGAGUCAAGGAUUGGUUGGGGAUGAUAAAGAGCUUGAUCAGUUCAUGACACAUUAUGUCCUCUUGCUUUGCUCUUUCAAAGAACAACUGCAGCAACAUGUCCGUGUCCAUGCCAUGGAAGCUGUAAUGGCGUGCUGGGAAAUUGAGCAAUCCCUGCAAAGUUUGACAGGUGUUUCUCCUGGUGAAGGUACUGGGGCAACAAUGUCAGAUGACGAAGAUGAUCAAGUGGAUAGUGAUGCCAACUUGUUUGAUGGAAGUCUAGAUGGUACAGAUACUUUGGGAUUUGGUCCUCUCAUCCCAACUGAGACUGAGAGAUCAUUAAUGGAGCGUGUGAGGCAAGAGUUGAAGCAUGAAUUGAAACAGGGGUAUAAGGAAAAGAUAAUUGAUAUACGAGAAGAGAUUCUUCGUAAGCGAAGAGCAGGAAAACUUCCCGGUGACACCACAUCUGUAUUGAAAUCAUGGUGGCAAUCGCACUCCAAGUGGCCAUAUCCAACGGAGGAGGACAAGGCAAGGUUGGUGCAGGAAACUGGCUUGCAAUUAAAGCAGAUAAACAACUGGUUUAUCAACCAGAGGAAGAGGAACUGGCACAGUAACCCGUCCACCUCUACAGUACUGAAGAGCAAGCGCAAAAGUAAUGCAGGUGAAAAUAGCAGCGACCGCUUCAUGUAGAUGAAGGAAAUUUGUAAACUAAACUCCUGUCGAGUCUUGCACGUGCUCACGAUCCAGCGGCACAUAUGGCCGUAGAGGAAAGAGCCUAACAUAGGUGAGAAAAAUCUGCCCACUUUCUGCUGCUGUAAGAAAACCGCAAAGUAAAAUCCACACGGCAGAUUCGAAACUAUACCCGCGUCAUUUGGAGGUCCUGGAAUAAAAGCUUGCUGUCUCGUAAAUUAUGCAAAACGAUUCCGCUGCAUCGGCUGAUGGGUGUAAUUUUUGUGUACCGUAUUCAUAUAUGUGAAUAAGUACAGAGAAGGGGUUGUGGGUGUAUAGUGGGAUAGCUUUCGCUUAGUUACCAUACACGUAUAGUAGAGAGAUCAUAGCUUCUUAGGUGGUGUCAUUUCUACUGUAGUGUACACUCUGAAGCAAAUGUAGCUUGGUCUUGAUUAACACAAA